ACAACACUAUAAAAAUAAUUGCAGACGAAGGGAUCCCUAAUUGAUUUUUCUCAGUAACUGAACGCGUGAGUCCCGUUUUUUCUUCUUUCAAUUGAAAUGACUAGUCAUAAGAUAUGGAAACGUGAUUCCACUUGCAAGGCCCACGCCUUAUUAGAGAAAAUGUUUUUGGAGAACAAGAUUGAGCCAAGUGCCCUUCCCGCAUUUGUAUAUAAGCAGUCGUCCGAGUUUCAAAAAUACUCGUUGAAUGUGUUCAGAACAGCAUUCAACGAGUUAAAAGCUAAAUCUGGCCUUGCAUUGAAGCCAUGUAGUCACAAUGCAGCUCUUUGUUUUGAUGAGGCCAGUGAUGUCAGCCCUGGAGUUUCCCUUCAUAAACGCGUCAGGCUAUUUGAGGGCAAGGAAGAAGGGAUGGACGAUUUCGACUCGCUUAUCGUGCACGGCAAUCAACCUGUGCAGAUGUCGGUCUAUCAGGAUCCAGUCACUAGAUGUGAAAAACUCGUCGUCGUUGUCGCCCUCAUUGGGGGUGUGGAUGACGCCAAGUUUUCGCUGGUGGGAGAUGGCCCAGGAACUAGGACUGCAAGAAUCGAUUAUUCCUGGCCCGUUACUUCAGUCGACAUCGAAGCUAUUUUUCAAACAGAUAUUCAAAGUGGCGAAAUUCCCUCCUGUCACCCUUUGAUUGAAGCUCAUAAAAAAGAUCUAGAGAAAUCUCGGUCGAGUGUUGAGGAAAUCCCCAGAGGUUUCAUGGAGUUAACCUUGCCCAUUUCGGUGCAAACUGUGGCUAACUCCAUAUACGUUACGGGGAAAAGAAACAAAGAUGGAACAAAGUAUCUCGUUGUCACAUUGAUGGGAUACCAGACUGCGUAUACAAUAAAGGAAAAGGAUAGAAUCAUUGUUUUCAAAGAUAUGUGAGUCCUUUGUUUAUAAUUUGCUUUGUCUUUUUGUUAUUUUUUUUUCUAAUAGAAUAAAAAUAUUUUUCAGUUAAUUUUUUUUUAACGAUCUUAACUUCUUAUAAUAAUACUUUUACCGCA